UCUUUAUCUCUAUGCGUGCGUGUAUUGUGUUUGUAUGUUAUAUAUGCAUUUUGCAUGCACUAUCUCUUUCUCUCUCUAUAAACCCUUUCUCUCAGUAAUUACGGUUACCAUGUUCCAUUCAUAUUCAUCAUAUUCACUUUUUCUCCUCUUUUUUUCUCAAUGUUAGUGUCAAAUACCAAUCAUCAAUUAACGUAAACAAGAUCUUUUAUCUCUAUCUUUCUAUGUGCAUGGUUGUAACAUCACAUACAACACAACACACUACAUAGUUUUUUUUUUUUUUAGGGUUUUGACUUUGGAUUGGGAGAAAGGGAUUGAUUUUAUUUUGGGUUUUGUUCAAUGGGGGUUGAAGUGUGUAUGAAUAAUUAUUGUAAGGAAGGUUCAACUGGUGAAUGGAAGAAAGGGUGGUCUUUGAUCUCUGGUGGGUUUGCCAAACUCUGCAACAAAUGCGGGCUUGCCUAUGAGAAUUCACUUUUCUGUGAUAAAUUCCACCGUCAUGAAACUGGAUGGAGGAAAUGCAGCAAUUGCAGCAAGCCUAUCCACAGUGGAUGUAUAGUAUCAAAGUCUUCGUUCGAGUACCUUGAUUUCGGUGGUAUAACUUGUGUUACCUGUGUUAAGCCCUCCCAGCUUUGUCUGAAUACUGAAAAUCAUAAUAGGUUCUCUCAAACGACCAAAAACAAUGCAAGUGAUCAAUAUGGUGAACAUAUUGAUGGUAGACUACUGGUGGAACAAGCUGGCAAAGGAAACCUUAUGCAGUUGUGUAGAAUUGGUGAAGUCGGUGAAUCAAGCCGUUGGCCACAAGCUCAAAGAGAUGCCAUGGUUUCAUGUAUUGGUCCAAAAACUGAAGAAGUUAAGUGUCAAUUCAACAAAGAGGAUACAAGAUUUUUGAAUGUGAUGAAACAUUCUAGUCAUUUAACCGCAUUUACUACAUUGGAAAAUAAUAGACCAUCAUGGGAGACUAAAAGUAUAGACGAAACGCUUUCACUAAAGAUGGCUCUAGGAACUUCAUCAAGAAAUUCUGUUCUGCCGUUGGCCACAGAGAUUGGAGAAGGUAAACUUGAGGGUAAAGCAUCUUCUCAUUUUCAACAAGGGCAAACAUCUCAGUCUAUAUUGGCUCAACUAUCAAAGACUGGGAUUGCCAUGAAUCUUGAAACAAAUAAAGGCAUGAUCUCUCAUCCACCACGCCGGCCACCUGCUGAUGUGAAGGGUAAAAAUCAGUUACUUUCUCGAUACUGGCCAAGGAUUACUGAUCAAGAGCUGGAGAAAUUGUCGGGGGAUUUGAAGUCUACUGUAGUGCCCUUAUUUGAGAAGGUCUUAAGUCCGAGUGAUGCAGGUCGAAUUGGUCGUCUUGUGCUCCCAAAAGCGUGUGCUGAGGCUUUUCUUCCUCGUAUUUUGCAAUCAGAAGGUGUUCCUUUACAGUUCCAAGAUAUAAUGGGGAAUGAGUGGACUUUUCAGUUCAGAUUUUGGCCUAAUAACAACAGUAGGAUGUAUGUAUUGGAGGGUGUGACCCCUUGCAUACAGUCCUUGCAAUUAAAUGCUGGUGAUACUGUAACAUUUAGUCGGAUAGAUCCUGGGGAAAAAUUUCUAUUUGGUUUUAGAAGGUCAUUGACUUCUAUUGUUACACAGGAUGCCUCUACAUCUUCUCAUUCUAACGGCAUUUUGAUAAAGGAUACAAACUUUUCUGGUGCACCUCAGAAUUUGAACUCCUUAAGUAGUUUUUCUAAUCUUCUUCAAUCAAUGAAAGGUAACGGGGAACCUUACUUAAAUGGACAUUCAGAACAUCUGCGUUUGGGUAAUGGAACUGCUGAUUGGCUUAAAACUGCAAAUAGUGAGGAGGAAAUGAACAAUGGUCCAUUGCAGCGACUGGUUUCAGUUUCAGAGAAGAAGAGGUCUCGCAAUAUUGGGACGAAAACUAAGAGGUUGCACAUUCAUAGUGAAGAUGCUAUGGAGUUGAGACUUACAUGGGAAGAAGCACAGGAAUUUCUUUGUCCGCCGCCUAGUGUCGAGCCAAAUUUUGUAACAAUUGAGGACCAAGUAUUUGAAGAAUAUGAUGAACCCCCGGUUUUCGGAAAGAUUAAAACCAAUGCCUCUCCAUCAGGGUCUUCAGGUUCUGCAUCAGAGCAGCUCGGUCCAAAGGAACAAGAAAGUCUUCAAAGAACCAAAAAAGAUUCUAAAAAGAAGCGAAAAAUUGCAGAAAAGAGCAAGUCAAUUCAAGAACACAAGCUUUCAGGCCUAGAUGCUCUUGCCAAUGCAGCAGUUUUAGGCAAUAAUCUUGCUGACCCUGACGAGUCGUCGUCAGCUGGAGUCACCACAAGACAUCCGAGGCAUCGUCCUGGAUGCACUUGUAUCGUGUGCAUUCAACCACCAAGUGGACAGGGAAAACAUGACCCGACAUGCACUUGCCUUGCCUGUGAGACUCUUAAGCGCCGGUUCAAGAGCCUUACGAUGCGUAAGAAGAAAAACCAAUUAGAAUCUGAAGCAGUUGCUGACCAAAACAAUCAAGUGAAUCAUAGAGAUGAAGCAGGUACUAGUGUUGGUGCAUCGAGACAAGAUACAAGUCACUCAACGGAUGAGGGAAGCCUAAAUGGAGGUCAGCUUGAGGUUGUUGAGCCUAGUGCCGCGGGACAAUUGGAUUUGAAUUGUCAUCCCAGUCAUGAAGAAAUGGAAACUGAUACAUAUAACAGGCCAAAGCAUGACUAGUCAUAUUAAAACAAUUGCAGAGGAAUAUAUUAUGAACAUAGUUUUAGACUUAAUUCUCAACUGAAGUUCAGAUUACAUUCAUUUUUACUUCAUUUUUCAUUUUGGAGGCAGAAUUGAAGAGAUUAGGUAGUGGCAUUCCAAUUUUAUACUUCUCCUUAAUUGCACAGUUUAGUUAGUUUACUUUCCUUUUCAAAAGGAAUGGUAAAGAUGGUUCUUUUCUCAGAUAGUUAAAGUGGUUUUUGUUCUAGUUUAUCUUUCAAGUAUUUUAUUUUAGAUUUCUCCUGUCCAUGAAAA